AUGUGUCUGGUUCUACGCCGUCUCUCUUCCAUCACAAGUUCAUUUAUUUGUUUACUGCUUACGGUGAUGGGCUCAAACUGUCGCGAUGACCCACAAAUGCCACAGGUCGGACAAAUCAUUGAACCGCACACGACGGAGGUGGGCUCAUUUCGCGUUCUUCGUGUCAUCUAUUCUGGUCCAUUCUCCGAUGUUUAUCUCCUUGGAAAGAAAACGAACGUUAACGAGAAAUUUGCGAUGAAAGUUGAGCGACAAGUUGGCAAUAUUAGACCUGUGCUGAAGUUGGACGUGUUUGUGCUGCGCGAGAUGAACACUCAGACGGGCUUCCCGCGUUUCAUCGGUGCCGGUCAAACGCCCUACUACAAGUACUGCAUCAUGGAGUUGUUGGGACCCGAUUUAUCAAAAUUGCGACGAUCAUUGGAUGCGAAAAAAUUUUCGACGACAACCGCUUUACAAGUGUGCAUUCAGACGCUGCAACGACUUGAAACCUUGCACGAUCAUGGAUUACUGUGCAGAGAUGUGAAGGCGCCAAAUUUUGCGAUUGGAUUGGAGAGCCGAGCGAGCAUAAUCUACAUGCUUGACUUUGGAUUUGCUCGGAAAUACAAAGACAAAAAUGGAGUGCUGAUGAAACCUCGACCAGCCGCUGCUUUGAUGGGCACUUUCCUUUAUGCACCGAUGGCCUCUCACAAGCGUGAAGAACAAUGUCGACGCGAUGAUAUCGAAAGUUGGUUUUACAUGGCAUGCGAGCUCCUGAAAGGCACACUUCCGUGGGCUCAUUUGUACGGAGUGGAAAGGCAUCAGUUGAUUCUCGAGUGGAAACAAUUCAUUCGGGGUUCUGGAAGAAAAGAAUUUCUACGAGGAUUGCCUCAACAAUUUGAUCACAUUUUGGAGCGAAUUGAUUCAGUCAGUUUCUUCGAUCGUCCCGAUUAUCGCUAUCUGAUCUCCCAGUUGAUGUUUGCCGCCGAGCAACUCUCCAUCGAUUUGAAGGCACCUCUUGAUUGGCAGAAAAACAAGCGUCUCGUUCGCAAGGCACAUUGGGUGGGAGAACUCGGCGAGUCGAACAUGGCCUCUGAUUUGAUGAGGGAGAACAGCGAUCUCUCGACGGCUAACGAUGUGACGCCAGUUGAUGUUGAAACAUGGCGAGUUUGGGAUUCU